GAGAGUUUGGAUGGACCGCUCCGGCUCGAGCAUCCCGUGGGGCGGUGCGGGGCGAUCUGAUGGAGGAGCAGAGGCUGAUGCAGGGAUCCGAGCCCCCCCAGCGUCCCCCUGAGAAGUGCAGCCCCACCAGAGCGGAAUUCCCACGGGGGGGUGGGUCGGCUGGAGGUUGGCUUUGGGGAGGAUGGGGAGGGUGGGUGCGGGUCGCGCGGGUCUCACGGCCGGGGAUGCUCAGGGGGCAGCACGGAGGAGGGGACGCCGACCAGAGCUUCGUCUCACCGAUGAAAACGGAGCCCCCCGAGCCAUCCGCGGAGGCAGCGCGGUGCCGUAGGGACCGCCGUCCCCGGGGCGUUCGGUGCGGCGCCGCAGAGCAUCGCUGUGCCGGGGGUUGCGGCGCUCCCCCUCCGCCCGCCGCCUCCUCCCCUCGCUGCCAUCGGGCUGCCCGGCCCCACCGCCCGGAGCGGAGAGGAGAGGAGAGGGACACGGUUCUGUUUUUUUCCGCUCUCCCUUCGGCUCGUGUUGCAGUGCAGGUUAGCGAAGCGUCGGGAUAACAGCCGGCGGGGAGGAAGCGGAGCUGCCCGGAGGAAGCGGGGCUUUGCGGACGCUGCCUCCAAACCCCCGGCGGCUUUUCUACCUUCUCGCUGUUUUUUCCAGGCGAUGCCACACCUCCCGAGGACACCGGGGACAUCGGGUUUUGCUGAGCUUAGCAUCUUCCCCCCGCCGUACCGGAGGCAUCAGACAGACGCUGCUCUGCCCUGAAGUGAGGACCUGCAACAGCUCCGGGAGGACUUCUGUCCCUCUGUCUCUUUCUCUCUCUCUUUCUCUCCAGUCCAAACCAUUCCAAGACCCGACUUCCACCAUCUGGAAAUCUCACCCCUUUUAUGUCCCUUCUCCUUUUCUACGAUGACUCACCAUUAUUUUUAACUUUGAAGAGAGAGGAAAUUAUGGGGAUCUUGGAAGCCUGUAUUCCUCUCUAGGAUUUCCCCAGGGUCAGAUAAUCGGUCUUACUAAGAGACACUAAGAUUUGGCUUCUCCAGGUAAUGUGAUUUGUUUUCUGUGUGCCAUGGCGCUUUGCAGAGAAUGAGAGCAGCCGGGACACCAGCGGUCGAGGAGGGGGACUGCAGUGGUCCGCGGGCAGCUUGCACCCAAAUUCAGGCAGCAGAGCCCAGCUCGGGGCGGGCAGAGCAGCACCCGCAGCCCUAUGGCCGGGGCAGGAGGAUGGGGACGGUGCCGAAGUUAAAGCGGAGCCGUUAGGGUUACCUGGAGGGUCGUGCCGGAUUGCCUGCUGUAGAACCGUAGAAUAAUCUAUGCACGGUUGAAUGUUAACCCUUAAAUGCAUGCCUGGAAAUGAGCCGAGCCCGCGCUGCCCGGCGGGUCCCCUCCCCUCUGUAGGGCUGAAUGGGGUUUUGCUUCCUUUCUCUUCCCUUCCCCCUCCUGGUUUUUUCCCCCCUCUUUCGAAUUUUUCUUUUUAGCCGUAAAACCCAAAAUGUUCUGUUUGGCCAACGCCGGUUCUGCCGUGCCGGUUGUGAAUAGAUGAGGGUUCCUCAGGUGUUUUCUCCCUUCUGCCUAACGGGUUUAGAUGGGAGUUUUGAACUCUGAUUAACUCAGAUUAACCCCCCGAGGACGGCGGUAGGCAAUGGUAGCGCAGGGAGCCGCUCUCCUCCCCCCAACUUUACUUCAUCUCUCUCUUUCUCAGCAGGGGCAAUUUUCUUUCCUUUUUUGUUUUCUCCUAUUUUAUCAUCCCUUCGCCUUUUCAUGAGACACUUCCACACCUACGUACCUGUCCUUCUGCAGGAUAGUAGCCUUGCCCUGAGUCCGAUCCCACCACCGGGCACUCGGAAGAGUUUAGCAUAAGGAUUUCCUUUCAACCCCAAUAUGACAGUUGCUACCGGAGAUCCUGCAGACGAAGCUGCAGCUCUUCCAGGUCACCCACAGGACACGUACAACCCCGAGACCGACCAUGAAUGCUGCGAGAGGGUGGUCAUCAACAUCUCGGGGCUGCGCUUUGAGACUCAGCUCAAGACGUUAGCUCAAUUUCCGGAGACUUUGCUAGGAGAUCCUAAAAAAAGAAUGAGAUAUUUCGACCCUCUCCGGAAUGAGUAUUUCUUUGACCGGAACAGACCCAGCUUCGAUGCGAUUUUGUACUAUUACCAAUCUGGAGGGAGGUUGCGGAGGCCGGUUAAUGUGCCCUUGGACAUCUUCUCAGAGGAGAUCCGUUUCUAUGAACUGGGGGAAGAAGCCAUGGAGAUGUUUCGGGAGGACGAAGGCUACAUCAAAGAAGAAGAGAGACCGCUGCCGGAGAAUGAGUUUCAGAGACAGGUCUGGUUGCUCUUCGAGUACCCCGAGAGCUCGGGCCCUGCCAGGAUUAUAGCUAUUGUCUCUGUCAUGGUGAUUUUGAUCUCCAUCGUGAGCUUUUGCCUGGAAACGUUGCCCAUUUUUCGGGAUGAGAAUGAAGACAUGCACGGCAGCGGGCUGAGCCACCCUCCCUACUCCAACAGCAGCAUGGGGUACCAGCAGUCCACCUCUUUCACAGAUCCCUUCUUCAUCGUGGAGACGCUUUGCAUCAUCUGGUUCUCCUUCGAGUUCUUGGUGAGGUUUUUCGCCUGUCCCAGCAAGGCUGGAUUUUUUACCAACAUCAUGAACAUUAUAGACAUUGUAGCCAUCAUCCCCUACUUCAUCACCUUAGGGACAGAGCUGGCCGAGAAGCCGGAGGACGGCCAGCAAGGCCAGCAAGCCAUGUCCUUGGCCAUCCUCCGAGUCAUCCGCUUGGUGCGGGUCUUCCGGAUCUUCAAGCUGUCCCGGCACUCCAAGGGGCUGCAGAUCCUGGGGCAGACCCUCAAGGCCAGCAUGCGGGAGCUGGGCUUGCUCAUCUUCUUCCUCUUCAUCGGCGUCAUCCUCUUCUCCAGCGCCGUCUACUUCGCCGAGGCCGACGAGAGCGAGUCCCAAUUCCCGAGCAUCCCCGACGCCUUCUGGUGGGCCGUGGUUUCCAUGACGACUGUUGGCUAUGGAGACAUGGUCCCCACCACCAUCGGGGGGAAAAUCGUGGGGUCUCUGUGUGCCAUCGCUGGCGUAUUAACCAUUGCCUUACCCGUGCCCGUCAUAGUGUCUAACUUCAACUACUUCUACCACCGGGAGACGGAGGGAGAGGAGCAGGCGCAAUAUUUGCAAGUAACCAGCUGCCCAAAGAUCCCCUCUUCCCCUGACCUAAAGAAAAGCAGAAGUGCCUCUACCAUUAGUAAGUCUGAUUAUAUGGAGAUUCAGGAAGGCGUAAACAAUAGCAAUGAGGAUUUUAGGGAGGAGAACUUGAAGACAGCCAAUUGCACCCUAGCUAACACAAACUAUGUGAAUAUCACCAAAAUGCUAACCGAUGUCUAGUCGCUAAAACCUAGUACCGUAUUUAAAGCUGAAGUGGAACAAUUGCAGAUAUUGAGUGCUGCUCUGCAUUGUAGUUAACACAGUAUUUUCUACGGUGUAUAUUUGGUUCUGCAUGGGAAGCAAUAGCCGUGUAAGUGACUUUUAACCUUUGAUUUCCACACUGAAUAACGUGCAAGCAAACAAAACCGAACCAUUUUGUUUCCCUUCUGCCAUCCCAGGCUCGCUGGUUCCCAAAGGUGCGGAGCGGUCCGAGCACCGUGCCAUUAGCAGGGAUGCAGGGAUGCUCACUGGCACGGCCCCGUCCCCAGAGCCAGGUCACCAGCUUGGGGCUGGGGAAGGUCAGGCAGGGCUGGUUGGCUUGUUGGAGGGCUCAGGUUUCCACCUCAGCAGUGCCAAGCCGAACGCAUCGCCCCGGCUCGCGUUUCAUAACGGAAAAUGCUGCAUGCUGCAAUAGUUUGAGCCACUGCAGUAUGCCAGUGAGAGGCCCAGGGGAGGGAUAAUUAGUCUGGCGGCACAUUAUUUAUUAAGUCUUAAGUUUUCUAUGCUAGGCACCGGGAGGGACGAGUAAACAAAUCAAACGCUUGGAUUUUAUUGAUUUAUUCAGAUGAUACUUCCAUCCACCACUAUUUCCAGGAUCACCAAAGACACCUCCACUGACACAUUGAAAAUGAGUUGGGAAAAAAGCAUCUUUUUUUUUUUUUUUUAUAUAUCUAUAUAUAAAACUGGAGCAACUAUGCUGUGGCCUACAAUAUAUUUAUACUGCAGUGAAAUUUAACCAGUAAUACAGUACAGCUGCAUGGGUAUCUGUUGCAUGAAUCUGAAUAUUUAAUACACACACAAAUAUAUAUUUUCUUAGUAGACUAUACAGUAUUUAUGUUUAUAGUGUUUAUAGAUUCUCCAGUGGCUCGGAGGAGAUUUGUGGGGGCUAAAAUCUCUCUAAUAUGUUUAGAAAUGGGAUGGGGAUGGCACGUGCUGACAACAGCUUGAUAGAUAACAAGGCAAAGCCUGAGUGCCCCAGCACCCAGCCCCAGGAGCUGGCUCCAUGGAAGGUGAGCUGAAAGUUAAACACCUGCGCUCAUUAUGGGGCGAGUAAUUAGUCAUUAAUCUCGGUGUCAGGAGCAGAAAGCACAGCUGAUCGGGCAGGGCUGGGGGAGCAGGUGGAAUGGCAGGUAUGGGCUCUCUGGAUUUGUUUGGUCAGCAGUUUUCAGCCAUUUCCCAUACGACUAUUGUGUGUGUGUAUAGAUAUUUAGAGAACGACUAUAGGACCGAAUUCUCAGCUAAUGUGAGCUAUUGGAGCCUCGGGGCUUCCUGGCUCAGGGGCCACAGACAUGAGCUGUCCUGGGGUGUGUUCUGGGCUGGAAAACCCUGAUUUCAAUCCUGUUGAGCCCUCGGGCUGUUGGUUUUUCCUGUAUGGUGGACUGGAUCCAAGCUUGUGCUUCCAAGCCGUUGCUUUUGCUUUGCCUUCUCCCAGGGUGUAUUUGAGGGCUGUGUCGGGAUGCAGACACCUCAGAAUCAUCCCCAUUUCUUCUCCAUUUCGGGUGUAAUCUGGGGAGAGUUGGAGCUGUCUGUUCUGGGGUUUCAUCUGCUUUGCCCAUCCCACUUGGAUUUCCUUGUCUUUCCCCCCAUUGCUAUCAAAGCCCGGGAUGGGCUGGGCCAAGGGACCCCUGUGAGGUCAUGGUUGAGCAAAGCCCCCAGCUGAAGGCAUUUAGCAGCUCCUCCAAUUGGGGUGAAUUGGGGCUGAAUUUGGGCUCGAUCAGCGCUUUGCUGCCGCUGAGUGCAGGUGUGGGAGGGAAACCCGUGGCAGAUGAUGGGAGUGAGGUCAGCUGGACCUUCCUGGCCUCCCAUGGGAAAAAAAUAUUCACAACAAUACAACAAACGGUGCUAGCGUAUUCUACAGCAAUGGUUCCAAAUGCUGCUCGGGGCUGGAUCCAUCCCUCGUGUUGACCCAGCUCAGCCAGGUGGGAUCUCUCAUCUUUAAUAAGUGAUUGAUUCAGGCCUAGCUCUAAUCACCCCGGGUGCUGAGCACCACGCAGGGUUGGGUGCCUGCCCGAAAUCACAUCUUGUUGCAUUGGGAACCCUCUCCUCCUCUUUGCUGCUACAGCUCUGGAACGGGCAUCUCCGAAGCUCACCAACACCUGCAACACACACAACGAGAAUCAACGCAACUGAAAGCAAUAAAUCUCUUUCUGAAGCUUGAAUGGGAUGGCAGAGGUGUGAUUCCCAGGUGGCUGCUGCCCAGCCUCCAUUGAUCCAGCUUGCUGCAUGUCUAUGGGGAUGCGACUGCCCAGCCGUGGGUGCCUGAGCACUGGGAUGACCCCAACUUUGCUGUGCAGGAAAGCACCAGUGCUCAGGGUGGGCUGCUAUGGGCGAUUUGGGAAGAUGCUGACUUUGCAAAGUGCCUGGUUGCUCAUAUCCUGCGAGCUUCAGGCCAUUCACCUCCUGGCAUCUCUGGCCACAGAUGGAUCCUGCUCCUUGUGCGCUCACUCAGGCAGAUUCUAAUGGGGAAAAACAGCCCUGGAAGGAGGGCAUCUCUAUGGUGACCCUUGCAGCUUGUUUGCAGAGCAGAAAGGACCCAGAUGUGCGCUCAGAUGGGUUUUUCAGGGCAGGAAAGGUCUGUGGGGGUCAGAAGCCACCCAUCGGGCUGCAUGAAGCAGAAGUCUGGAUUUCUCCCGCGCACAGAGAAAUGGUUUUCCUAUAGCUUUUAAUGGGAUUUGUGCCUGCAGGUCGGAGCUCUAGUGCUAUUUUGAGCUUUGCUUCUGACUCACUGAUGUGAUCUUGAACCAGUUUUCAGGAGGAGACUGUGAUUUUUUUCUUUCUUUCUUUCUUUUUUUCUUGAGGAAUUUGGUUUGAGAGCCUCCAGGCCCCUGCGGAGAUGCUGAGCAUCCCAAGCUCAGCUUCAGUGGGUACAAAAUUGGGAUGUGAAAUGGCUCAGAUGGAGGAUGCCAUAGCACAGUGGUUGGGUCUCUCUUCCCUCCUCUCAUGGAGUCAUUGGCCAUGGGUGGGACGGAGAACCAACGCUCUCCACUCUAUGUCUGCUCCUACUGUGGUACCCAGAGGAGGUAGGACCUGGAUCCUGAGUUUUGCCCUUUGUGCCAUGGUUUUGGAGAUGAGAAGUGGUGAUUUCUAACAGCCAGUGCACAUCUAACUCUGUGAGCAACCAAUCAACCCUUCAACAUCCUCUGCAAUAUCUGCUAAGGGCAGUGAGGGGAGGCUCUUGUCUUGGCUGAGUGCUUUGGGAAUGAUGGGAGAAAAUUAGCAAUAUGAGCUGAUGAGUUUUUGUCAGGAAAAACCAAUCUCUGCAUCUUCUUGUUGUGUCAAAGCCCUAUAAAUCUGGAUACUGAGCUAUACCAAGAAAAGGAUCUCUAGAUUGGUGUUAUGUGACUGUAGCAUGUGGGUGUAUAAAUACGGGCAUAUUUGUGCAUAAAUACACAGAAGGAGAGAAAAAGACAGAGGAGGAGGAGGAGGUAUUUCAGGAAUGGCCUUGCUUUGUUAUCACAUAACUCCCAGGUCAGCGUUGAAAUUGCUGCCAAAAGCUUGUGGGCUUUCUGGGUUCACAGUAUCCCUAAGGAUGGGCCCAAGGGAAGGAGAUCUGGAUUCAGCCUCAGAGGUGGCAUCAGCUCUUAUCAUCCCUGCAUGCAUCCCAGCAGCUUUUCAGUAUCUCUUCUCUGGAACCCAAAUCCUCACCGUGGGUCCAUUGCUGGUAUGUUUGUGGUGGUGCAGCCAAAGCCAACCAGAAGUCGAAGGAGUUUGCUGGGCUGUGCUGGGUGGCUUUGCUGGGUUUGUCAGUAAUGGUUGGGUUUUGGUUCCUUUGAAUCAUGCUGGGAUUUUAGUCCCGGGGCUGAGGUGUGCUUCCCUUGGGUUUCGUACUCAUGGGGGAUCUCAGUGGUUUGUGUGGAUCAGCAAUCAGUGUUUUCUUUGGCCAGCAUGCUGCAUGGCUGGGGGGUGAAGAGAGGACGAUCCAGCUCCAAAUCGUUUGGGUUUGCAACCAAAAAAAAGUCUACAGCUCCCUCUUGAUGCCCACGGGCAGCACCCAGCACACCGCCUCGUCCCUGCCAUCAGGGUCUGGCAAUGAGGGUCCUUGUAGCCAUCCCUACCCCCACGGUCUUGGUCUCUUCCUGAAAUGAUGGAUCUGGCUGCCCUUAGUCCACACCGUGCGUGGAGAGAGGAAAACCCCUCACCCUCAUUCCUCGUUGGUGGGAUGGUUGGCUUGGAGGAGCUGCUGGACAUCAGUUGACCACAGCCCUGUCCCAGGGGCCAUGCGUGUGUCAGAUGUCAGACACCCUGCUGGUUGCUCUGGGCACGGGUUGGUUGGUUUUUGUUUUUAUUUGAUCAUCCUUCUGUCGUGUAUAAGACUGUAAUUAUCCGUUUGCACUUGCUCCCUCGUUGCUUGAGACUGCACUCUUGUCCUCCAAUGUCACCUACUAAUCGUUGCUGGAAGCGCAAGGGAAAAACAGGCGUUGGAUCAAAGCUGUGCGUGGUGCCUCGUUUGAGUGAAUCGAUAGGAAGAGGAAAUCCAAGAAGGACUCAUCCUACCGAUGCUGGAGCCGAACCUUGCGUUGCCGUGGUUACGGGAGAAAUGGGACCAGGAAUGGAGAGAGGCCUAUAAAGUGGUAGAGGAGGACUCGUGGGAAUUUCAAGUCAUUUAACCAUGCGUUUGCUAGGCAAAAACGUAGACACCAGCUGUAUCUGAAUUGCACAGUGUGUAUAGAUGUUCCUGCUCUCAUUGACGGCACAGGGGUGUCCCUGGGGUCGGGCACAUCCAUGGGGUGGGACACCCACGUCAAUAGGGCUGACCAUUGUAUAUAGGUAUACAGAUCUGUGUACAUACAUAUUCCAAAUGAGCAUUUGCUGUCUGGUUUAUCAUGAGUGUAUAUAAUUUAUUCUUCACAGAGUAUCACAGAUUUUGUAAAUAUCGACACUAAUUAAGAGGAAAUAAAUAUGUAUAUUAU